AUGGCAACCAUGGUGAACAUGAAUAACCUCCUCAAUGGCAAGGACUCACGUUGGCUGCAACUUGAAGUGUGCCGCGAGUUCCAGAGGAAUAAGUGCUCGCGACCCGACACCGAGUGCAAGUUCGCACAUCCCCCGGCAACCGUCGAGGUGCAGAACGGAAGAGUCACCGCUUGCUACGAUAGUAUCAAGGGUCGGUGUAACCGCGAAAAGCCGCCCUGCAAGUACUUCCACCCGCCGCAGCAUCUCAAGGAUCAGCUGCUUAUCAACGGUCGAAAUCACCUAGCACUGAAGAACGCUUUAAUGCAGCAAAUGGGCCUGACACCCGGCCAGGUGCUUCCUGGCCAGGUUCCUGCCGUGGUGGGCGGCGUGAGCGGAGCGGGCGCGGCCGCGAGCCACCUCACCGCGCUGGACCCCAUCAGUCUCGCCUUGCUCGCCCCGCAGGUAACUGCCGCCGAGCGCCUAGCACCGCCGCCGGCUACCUCGCGCCACCUUCCCGUGUACCACUCUGCAACGUCGCCAUACCUGUCUGGUGUGCCGGGCGUCGGGUCGACGUACGCACAGUACUAUGCACCGCAACUGGUGCCGACGAUGCUCGGUCAUGACCCGGCCGCCGCGGCCGCAUCGCCGCUCGGCGUCAUGCAGCAGCCUGUUCUGCAGCAAAAGUUGCCGCGCACCGACCGUCUUGAGACGGCCGCCGCAGCCCAGCAGCCGGCGGCGAGCGCGACCUCGGAGCCCGGCAAGAAGCGGCCGGCACCCGCCGAUCUCGAGCCGCCACCGAUGGACAUGAAAAGCGUCGGAUCCUUCUAUUACGAUAACUUCGCGUUCCCCGGCGUGGUGCCAUACAAGCGGCCCGCCGCCGACAAGGCCGGCAUGCCGGUGUACCAGCCGGCGACCACGUACCAGCAGCUGAUGCAACUGCAGCAGCCGUUCGUGCCCGUGUCAUGUGAGUACCCCGCGCCGGCGACGUCCGCCCCGCCGACCGCGUCCGUGUCCGCUGGCGGCGCCGGGGCCGCGCCGGCGCCCGCCCCGGCGCCUGCCCCUGCGCCCGCGCCCGCGCCGCAGCCCGCCAGCCCGCCCGCGCCGCCCGAGCCCAGCGCGCCAGACGCCGCCGCCGUGGCCAAGGAGGUUGCGCACAAGAACUACGCCGCGGCGCUGGCGCUCGCCGCGCAGCACUCGGCCAUGGCGCACGCGGCCGCUGCCUACAGCCAGCAACUGAAGGCACGCGCUAGCGUACCCGGGCUGAUGCGCGCACCCAUGAUGAUGCGGCCAGGCUGGCCGCCGUUGCCCAUGCCCGGCUACUACCCGUCGCCGUACAUGUACGCGAUGCCGCCGCCCACGCCGCCGGCGGCCGCCGCAGCCGCUGCCGCCGCCGCCGCCGCAGUGAACCCCUACAAAAAGAUGAAGACGACAUAA